AUGAAGUUUGGAAGAAAUCUCCCGCGUAACCAGGUUCCUGAGUGGGCCUCUGCCUACAUAGACUACAAAGGGCUCAAAAAGCUCAUCAAGGCCGCUGCUGCCACCUCCAAAAAUGGUGGACAAGCUGAUCUAGCAGAGUUCUUUUUUGCUCUGGAUCGCAAUCUUGAAGAUGUAGACUCGUUCUACAAUAAGAAGUUCGCCGAUGCCUGCCGCCGACUGAGGCUUCUCCACGACAGAUAUGGCAGCAGUGUCGAUGCCAUUUCCAACUUGGACCAGGAUGAAGUGGAGGAGUUGAUGGGUGCCAUGCUGGAGCUGCGGAGUAAGCUGCGCCAACUCCAGUGGUUUGGUGAGAUAAAUAGGCGCGGCUUUGUCAAGAUCACCAAGAAACUUGACAAGAAGGUGCCUGGUACCGUCACUCAGGACCGCUACAUUGCCACCAGAGUCGAUCCCUGUCCGUUCGCCAAGGACAACACCAUAGUACGUAUCCUCAACGACAUCAACAAGUGGCUUUCGGUAUUAGGCGAUGCCCAGAAUAUGGAUGACGCCAGGUCCGACAGAUCCGCAAGAUCACUAGGCCGUGCAUCCGCCAAAGCAAUGUUGAACUUUGCGCCGGCGCUCCUUGACAAGAUGGAUAGUGCUAUCCGCAAUGACGACGUUGCUGGGCUGAAGGCCGGCCUGGAAGAGGGUAAAGUCGACACCUCGGAUCCUGGCUCCCAGGUUCUGUUACUCAACCUUUUGCAGCGCUCAAUCUCAUCGAGGUCCAAGGCCUCCAUCACAUACAUCCUCAGCCAGGUCAAGUCCUUGGAGGACCCAGACGAUAUAAACGGACGAAACUGUAUCCACAGGCUCGUGCUGCACAUUGGUCGGACAAAGACGACGUCGGCAGGAGAACAGGAGCCAGCCCCAUACCCAUUCCCCCAUUCAUCCAAAUUCGAAACUCAGAUGGGCACUCAUUACCUGAAUCCUGCGGCUUCAACAGGGCCUGUACCAGCUGCGGGUGCCGCGAGCAAGGAGGAGAAACUCCUUGGCCAUGGCGACGACGCCGUUCAGAUCCUCAAAUAUCUUCUGGAUGGCCUCAGCGAUGACCACCGAUCUGGUCUCAGCGCUCGGGAUUCCUUUGGUCGGACGCCCCUCCACUAUGCUGCCCAAUUUGGCAUCGUGGACAUCCUGGAGCUUAUCAUGGCUAAAAUGCAAGAUUGGGGCCAGUUCGACGUCAGUCGUGGAAUUGACGCGCCGGAGUGGGAGGACAAUGAAGGAAACGCCCCUCUUCAUCUCAGUGUCAUUGGGGGGCACCCUAGGACCACUAAAGCUCUGCUCAAGGGAGAGAGUUGGCAAGGUCUGAGCGAGAGUGACAAAACGGAACUGCGACGAAACGUGUCAAAAUCGAGUGCCGUUCUUGCCAUUGCGACCAAGCACAACCACGCACAGAUCGUGGCUAUGCUGGCCAAUGCAGGCGUCGACAUCAACUGGCAGGACAAAAAUGGCGAGACAGCGCUACACAUUGCCGCCAGGUUUGGCCAUGAUGAGUGUGCUAGGAUUCUGAUACGCGGUACUGACGAGCAAAAGGCUGAUCUCGAAGUGGGCGAGAACUUUUUCGCCUGGACCCCCUUGCACAUUGCUGCCGUUGAUGGCCACCUUUCAGUCGCUCAGCUUUUGGUUGAUGCAGGCGCGGACGUUGAUAAGCCCGACUCGUCUGGAUGGACCGCCAAGGAGCAUGCAGCGCUUCGCGGCCACAUGCCGAUUGCCAGAUUACUUGCCGCGCACUCGACGGUAGAGGAGCCGGCGACGGUCAAUGCGGGCGAGUCUCAAUCGAACCAGCCUAGUACCGGCACGUCACCACCAGAAGUCUCCUCUCUGGGUGAUCGCCGUUCAACCGCUGCAGUUUCCCGUCCCGCCGAGCCAGUACGGGCCUAUGGACACCGCUAUCUCAAAGACCAGACCAUGGUUCUGGUCAGCCUGGGGACCAUGGACAUGCGCAAACAUGUCGACGCCGUGAAGCUCGAUAGGGUGCCGCUUGCAGAGGCUCACACGACCCAGCUGGACACCGCACUUUCCUUGGUUCUGUCGGCGACCGGAGCACAAGGCGACUCGACCGUUAUUGACCUCCCCGUGCAUGAGAAUAUUUGCACCGAGCCCGUCAUAUUCACCACCACCGACGUCACUAAGGUCAAGCUACUUUUCGACAUUGUACCUACCUAUUCUGGUAACGAGAAGAACAAGAUUGGACGAGCUGUUGCUCUGCUCUCCAGCAUACGGCCCUCGGUCGGAGCCAAGAGGAUGAGUCUCCAGGGAGAUGUCUGCAUUCCCAUCAUCGACUCCAACUUGGAUGUCAUUGGUGCAGUCAAUUUCAACUUCCUCGUUAUUACUCCAUUUUCGCAUCCAAACAUGGAGGUUACAUCAAAACAGACGUACUGGAAGAAGAUGUCGUCGACCAUGGUCAUAGGCCACCGCGGUCUUGGAAAGAAUCAGGCGGCCAACAAGUCAUUGCAGCUAGGCGAGAACACGGUACCAUCCUUCAUCGCCGCCGCUAACCUGGGAGCACAAUAUGUGGAGUUCGACGUGCAGCUGACCAAGGACCACAUUCCCGUCAUAUAUCACGACUUCCUUGUCAGCGAAACUGGUAUCGAUGCACCGGUCCACACCCUGACUUUGGAACAGUUCCUCCACAUCAAUCCGGACUCAAGCCGCAACCAUAGCCCCAAUGGCCGUGACUCCAAUGGCCAACCGAAGACCAACCAGGUCAAGAAAAUCCGCAGCAACAGCCCCGGACCUCGACAGCGCUCCCUUUCAAUGGGCUGGGCAAACACGGACAGCACGGUCUUGGAUGAGCGCAUGAAGCAUACCCGUGACUUCAAGGCGAAGGGUUACAAGGCGAACUCCAGGGGUAACUUUAUCCAGGCACCCUUCGCCACUCUCGAAGAUCUGUUUCAUAAGCUCCCCGAAGAUGUUGGCUUCAACAUCGAAAUGAAGUAUCCCAUGCUGCACGAGAGCGAGGAGCAUGAGAUGGACGCAUACGCCGUCGAGCUGAAUUCAUUCUGUGACACGGUCCUCUCAAAAGUCUACGACCUUGCCGGCACUCGCAACAUCAUAUUUUCGUCUUUCAACCCCGAUAUCUGCCUGUGCCUUUCUUUCAAGCAGCCCAACUUCCCGAUUCUAUUUUUGUCGGAUGCUGGUGCCGUACCGGUGGGUGACGUGCGGGCCAGCAGCCUACAAGAGGCCAUUCGAUUCGCUAGUCGAUGGAACCUUCUCGGAGUUGUCAGUGUCGCUGAGCCGUUUGUGUUGAGCCCGCGCCUGGUAAGGGUCGUGAAGCAGAACGGACUGGUGUGCGUUAGUUAUGGCGUCUGGAACAAUGACCCAAAGAUGGUUCAGCGUCAAGUCAAAGAGGGCAUCGACGCAGUCAUUGUAGAUAGCGUUCUAGCCAUCCGGAAGGGACUCACGGCGGGCCAGGAGCAAGAACAGACAGAUGCUGCUCAGGCUAGCGAGAAUGGUGGAAUAGUCGACCUGUCGGCUCAGCCCAUCGAUGGAAACAACAGCACAAAAUCAGGUGCAGUUGUCGCAUCAACCGCCUAA